AUGCCGAAUAACAAGAGCAACAAGAAACAACAUAAGAGGUCAAACAAGGUAUCAAAGCCUAGAAAACCCCCGACUUUGAAGCAAAAACUUAAAAAAGAGUCUAAGGUUGUCAAGAUCAAUGAUUUAGCUUGGAAACCAGUUGAAAUACCCGAUAAUUUGGGUGAUUACACAGGAUUCUUUGGACUAGAGGAAAUUGAUGGAGUUGAUGUUGAGGUUGUUGAUGGGAAACCACAGUUUGUUGUAAAAGAAGACAAGACAAAGGGUGUUGAAGGAGGCGAUGAGGUGGAUGAAGGGGACGACAAUGCCGAGGAAGAGCAAGAACAAGAUGAAGAUGAAGACGAAGAAGAGGGCGAUCACAUUAUUGACGAAGAAGAGUUCACGGGAUUUGAUGAUGACAAUGAGGAAGAUGAGAACAUCUCCAAGGGUGAUAUACUUUCUAAAGAGACCCCUAAUAGCGAAGCAGAGGAGAACCGAGACCUGUCUGAACUAAAACACAACAUCUUUGCCAAUCUUGAAUUACCUAUGCCCGAUGAUAAUGACAUAGAUAUACCACAGUGGUCCGAAAAUGAACUUGGAGUUUCCCUCAGCCCGUACACUUUAAAUGGUCUCGCGAAUUUGAACUUUACUACACCUACACCAAUCCAAAAGAGAACCAUCCCGGUUGCGUUAGAAGGUAAAGAUGUGGUUGGUAAAGCCACUACUGGUUCAGGUAAAACACUCGCCUAUGGAAUUCCCAUCCUUGAAAAGUAUCUACAAUCCUUGGACCAAGUGAAACAGAAUGUCAAUGACAAGAAAAUCAAUUCGCCCAAUGGUAUAAUCUUUACCCCAACACGAGAACUAGCCCAUCAAGUGGUUGACCAUUUGAACAAGUUGGCUCAGUACUCGCCCCUUUCCGUGAGGGGAAUCGUGAGUGUGACUGGUGGAUUAGCGAUACAAAAACAACAAAGAUUAUUGAAGAUGGGCCCUGGAAUCAUAGUCGCUACCCCAGGAAGGUUUUUGGAGUUGUGUGAAAAUGACUCUGAAUUGGCCAAGAGGAUGAGUCUGACGGAUAUUGUAGUAUUGGAUGAAGCUGACCGGUUGUUACAAGAUGGACAUUUUGAAGAAUUUGAAAAGAUAUUGGAGUUGUUUGGCAAAAACAGACCUAAGAAUAAGAAGAUCAUUGAUUGGAAAUGGCAAACAUUGGUGUUUAGUGCUACUUUUUCAAGAGACUUGUUUGGCAAAUUGGACAAGCAACAAAAACCCAAGCAAAAGAAUCAAAGGCAGCAAAUUGAUGGCAACAGUUUGGUACAAAAUGACGAAAUCAUUGAAUUAUUGAAUGAAAAAUUAAAUUUCAAGGACAAGAAGCCGGUUUUAAUUGAUGCCAAUCCCAAGGAAAUCGUCUCGGGGCAAAUCACUGAAGCUUUAGUUGAAUGUGGUGCCACUGAACGUGACUUGUACUUGUAUUACUUUUUGUUGAUGUAUAAAGGGUCAACUUUAGUAUUUGCAAACUCCAUAGACUCGGUCAAGAGGUUGAUUCCAUUACUUGAGAAUUUGAAAAUUCCUGCAUUUGCUAUCCACUCAUCGAUGGAACAAAAGCAGAGAUUGAGAUCAUUAGAGCGAUUCAGAGCUGCUCUUGAGAAGAAUGAGACUGCCGUGUUGGUCGCAUCUGAUGUUGCUGCAAGAGGGUUGGAUAUACCUAAAAUCGAUCAUGUGGCUCAUUACCAUUUACCCAGAUCAGCCGAUGUGUAUAUUCAUCGGUCUGGAAGGACGGCAAGAGCAGGUAGAGAAGGUGUGUCGGUGAUGUUUUGCUCGCCACAAGAAGCUUCAGGACCAUUGAGGAAAUUGCGUAAGAUAGUCGCUUCAAAUGCUAGCAAUAAGAGAUUGGGUGCUCAUAACGAUGUCAAGUUGUUACCUAUUGAAAUGGAUUUGGUGGCUCAGUUGAGACCACGAAUAGAACUAGCAUCUAAAUUAGCCGAUGCAAGAAUAUCCUCUACUGCAACACGAAAGGAGGAUUCGUGGGUGAAGCAAGCAGCCGAAGACUUGGGCGUUGAAGAUUUACACGACUUGGAUGACUUUGAAGAUGAUAUUAUCAAAAAGCAGAGGAAAAGACAAGAAGGCAAAAAGUUGACUAAAAAUGAGCAGAACAAGUACAAGUACGAAUUGAAGGAGUUGUUAGCUAGACCUAUUAGGAAGAAUAACCGAAGAUCAUAUUUAACUAGUGGAUUACAAAACUUAGCCCACCAAAUGGCAACAGGUGAACAUCAUGAAGACGUGGUUGGACAUGAUAAAGUCAAUGCCUUGAAUGACUUGCAAAAGAAUGGUGGCAAGAUUAAACCAGUUAGCAAUGAGCAAAAAUUGAAUAAAAUCGCCAAAUUGAAAGAAGCCAAGCAGGUCAAAAAAGAUCAAAAGAAAAAGGCCAAACAAAAGAGACAGGAGUUGAGAGAUGGUAAAUAG